AUGGAGGUACAACAACGUCUAGCAUUUGUGGGAUCUGUGGCAAGCAAGCAGUCGACUUGGACACCGUGCCAAACCGACGCCUUGAAAGCGUUGAACCAGUGCACGUGUGCACAGCUGCAGACGUCGCGGAGGCGUGCUGCACGGACGCGUUCUCGUGCCGCAUUACUGCGCUGUGCUGCUGACGAUGGGUCGCUUGGAGAGUCCCACUCUGUCGAGUAUACGAGCGCGGCACCGCUGAGCACGCCUCUUCUGGAUGCAGUGCGCUUCCCCGCGGAUAUGCGCCAGUUCACCGUGGGUGAAGUGAAACAGCUGGCGCACGAACUGCGCUGGGAACUCUUGCGUGCAGUGAGCAAGACUGGUGGACACCUCGGCGCCUCGCUUGGUGUCGUAGAACUGACGGUAGCGCUACACUACGUAUUCAAUACCCCGGAGGACGCGAUCGUCUGGGACGUCAGCCACCAAACGUAUCCGCACAAGAUUCUGACCGGCCGGCGUCAUCGUAUGCACACUCUGCGCAAAAGCGGAGGUAUAAGCGGUUUCACUAGAAGAGUCGAAAGCGAAUACGAUGUUUUUGGCGCUGGCCAUUCGUCGACUUCUAUCUCGGCGGCUUUGGGUCUAGCGAUAGGACGCGAUCUCGCAGGAAAGAAACAACAUGUGAUUGCCGUUAUCGGAGACGGCGCGCUUACCGGAGGCAUGGCCUACGAAGCAAUGAACAACGCUGGGUACUUGAACUCGCGGAUCAUUGUCAUUCUGAAUGACAACGGCCAGGUGAGCCUUCCGACGGGCACCAAGUCCGCUGCAGGCACCGGACCAGCUGGGGCGCUCAGUGGCUAUAUGUCGCGCUUGUUAACGAGCAAGGAGUUCCAGGACGUUCGCGCUAUUGCAAAAGAGUUUUCUCGUCUGUUUCCGGAUCCGCUGCAGCGCACUGCAGCCCAGCUUGACGAGUAUGCGCGAGCCUGGGUUGCACAGGGAGCUGGCGGCAACCGCGCGACGCUCUUUGAAGAACUGGGCUUUUACUACGUCGGGCCUGUCGACGGCCACGACGUUGAGGUUCUCGUCAAUGUCCUGAAGAAUAUUCGAGAUGCACCCGGGAACAAACCGAUUUUUCUUCACGUGAAGACGGAGAAGGGGCGAGGCUACCCUCCCGCCGAAUCCGCUCUAGACAAGUAUCACGGUGUAUCCAAAUUCGACCUAGCCACUGGAAAGCAGAUGGUUCCGAUGCAUUCACCUCCGAGCUACACAUCCGUUUUCGCCAAAGCGCUUAUCGCAGAGGCCGAUGAAGAUCGCCGCAUUGUUGGCAUCACCGCAGCAAUGCCGGGCGGUACCGGCAUGGGCGCCUUUGGAGAGGCUCACCCUACGCGUUGUUUCGAUGUAGGUAUCGCUGAACAACAUGCGGUAACUUUUGCCGCAGGCCUGAGUAUCCAGGGUUUCAAACCGUUUUGCUGCAUUUACUCGACCUUCUUGCAGCGUGGCUAUGAUCAGGUUAUUCACGAUGUUGCAUUGCAAAAGCUACCAGUGCGAUUCAUUCUGGACAGGGCGGGCCUUGUUGGGAAUGAUGGGCCCACACAUCAUGGAACCUUUGACCUGGCAUAUUUGGGUUGCAUUCCAAACAUGAUGAUUAUGGCCCCCAGUGAUGAAAUCGAGUUGGUGCAUAUGGUGGCGACGGCGCGGGCCUACGAUGAGGGCCCCUGUGCAUUACGGUAUCCACGUGGUACCGCUGUUGGCCUCGAUGUUCUCCGUGAACACUUCGGGUACGAUCUGGAGGCCAUUCCAGUGCGGGGUAAGGUGCUUCCGAUCGGCAAAGGCCGAAUCAUCCGCGAAAAGAAGUCCGCCAGUACCGCCGAUGGCGCCGAAAUCCCACGAGGCGUCGCAAUCCUUUCACUCGGGACGCGUCUGCUCGAAGCGGUACACGCUGCAGGGCAGCUGGAGGCUCUGGAUGUUGCAUGUACAGUUGCAGAUGCUCGAUUUAUGAAACCGCUUGAUACGGAUCUGAUCCGUCGCCUCAUUCGGAAUCACGAAGUGCUGAUCACCAUUGAGGAGGGCAGCAUCGGAGGAUUCGGCGAUCACGUGCUCCACUACGCUGCUCUGAACGGACUUUUGGACGAAGGCAAAUGCAAAGUGCGACCCAUGGUCAUUCCCGACGUCUUCAUCGAAACAGGAACACAAGCUGAACAAUAUGAGGAAGCCGGACUGACAGCCGCACACAUCGUGCGUACGGCUCUGCAACUGGUUGGAAAAGGCAAUCUGCGCUUUGGUGGAAACGGAGUGGCGAAUCCAUCAGCGGGCACCGCGGCUGCCUCCCGCAACGCGCGGACUUGA